AUGAACAGCUGGCAAAAACCCACUAGAGGAAGACAUUUUGUACUCGUUGACACCGAGUGUACAAAGUCCGUAGACGAUGUAACAAGAAUGUUUCCUGUAAAAGCAGAAUUUUCUCAGCAUUUCUCUCGAACAGAUCUAAGAAUCAAUGUUUUCUUCAUUUCUUUUGCAGAAGUCAAGACAGUUAAGGAGCUUAACCUACUUUGGCCAAAAUUUAAUAUCAAUGUUGCUCCUGACAAUGUUCCAAAUAAUAUCGGAAAUUAUUUAGCCAUUUCUAAUCUUCCAAAUGCUUUAAGAGAUGACAAAAUUGCCGAAGAGCUUGUAUCUCUUUUCACUGAUGAAUUUACUGUUAUAGAAGCCUUUCCAUCCCUUGUUACAGUUAAUAUUCCUAAUGUAAAGGACGCAAUUAGGGUUUUCAGGUUCCUCAGUGUACUUAAGAUUGGCAAUGAAAUCACAGCGAUCUCUAUGAGGAACGAAGAUAUUCCUCUUGUCAGAGUUACGAAUCUUCCAAAGAAUGUCAACGAAAAACUUCUUGUCGAAUUAUUCUCACGUGCUGGCAACAUCACCCAUGUUGAUAUUUUCAAGCAAGGAGGCUAUCGCCGCUACUACGUCGCUGAUGUUUCUUUUGAACGUGUCGAAAACGCCAGAUAUGCGAUCAAAACCCUCAACUACACCAUUGUCAAUGAAAAAGAAAUCAGAGUAUCCCAAUACAUCUCACGAGAAACCGUCAGAGAGGUCGAAUUGAAUACAUUAGUCAUUUCAGGCCUUCCACAGUAUUUCAGUUCACCAAUGCUUAAAGUUCUUUUAGAUUCAUACGUUCCCGCAUACCAAUCUUACAUGGACGAGAUCGGCCCGCAUCAUAUCAGAUAUGGCAUCGUCAAAUAUACAACAGAAGACCAAGCCGACCAUUGCAUUGCUGUUCUCAAUAACGCAGCAGUCGAUGGUUGCCAAAUCAAGAUCAAUCGCUCGAAGAGAGUCGCGAUAUGCAAUUUCGCCAUUGAUACAAAGGACGAAGACGUUCUUGCGAUGGCUCCAACAUCAUUCGACCUACUUAACUUGUCAGCGCGUGAUAAACAGAAGCGUCCGACAAUGUAUUUGCAAUUCCUGAAUGAACAAGAGAUGAAUGAAGGCAUUCAGAAGUUCAACAGCAUCAUAUCCAAUGGUGUAAGACUUUACGCAUUCGAGUUGAAGAAGAAGAGAAAUAUUAACUCGAUGAGGUCUCAUUUCGUUGACGAACAGAACCAACACUGCACUGUUGCUAUCCAUAAUAUUAAUCCAACAGCAACAAAUGAAGAGGAAUUUGUUAGAUCUUGCUUAAGAUACGGAAAUAUCGAGGGUUACCACUUCGCUCCACCUGUUUUGAGAGUUGUUUUCUCUAAACCGGAGGACACACAGAGAUUUGUUAAGGAGAAUAGACGCAGCUGGGUUGUAGGCGGAGAUAAGUUAUCCGUUGCACUCUCUGUUUAA